AUGGAAAGGGAUUCAAACCACAGCUCACAAGCUACCUCCGUACGAGGCCAGGGCCACCAGCUCUCCCAAUCCAAAUCGAUGCCCUCAACGCCCUUUCAACGGCCGCACUCCCGCUCGGAACAACGUGGAUCGUCUUCUCCAGAACCGGUUGCCAAAAAUAGUUCGCCCCGGUCCUUACCAUCUGACAAGAGUCAAACGCCGCCCGCAGGUCGGAAGCAAUAUGGAGGCUGCAAAUACGAAACAGGGAUGGCGAGGGCAAGACGGCGUGUUCCUUAUUCACUCGGACCAGAGCCGCUAGAAAAGGAACAGUCGGAGUUAAAGGCUCGACUUGACCCUGAAGAGGACGAAAAGCUGACCCAUGAUAUGCAAAAUCUGUACGAGGAACUACAGCCUAACGCCGAAAGUGAGGAACGGAGGUCCAAGUUUAUCCAAAAGCUUGACAAGAUCCUUCGCGGAAGAUGGCCCAGAUCCUCAAUAAAUGUCAAUGUGUUUGGUUCCACCGGCAACAAUCUAGGAACGGCGGACUCGGAUGUCGAUGUCUGUAUUACCACUGACUGUAGGGAAAUGGAGCGAGUUUGCUCCAUCGCGGAUCUUCUCGCAAAGCACGGGAUGGAGAGAGUGGUUUGUGUUUCCAGCGCCAAAGUACCUAUUGUCAAGGUGUGGGAUCCCGAGCUGCAAGUGGCUUGUGAUAUCAACGUCAACAAUCCCCUUGCCUUGGAGAACACGGAGUUGGUGCGGACCUAUGUCAAUAUUGAUAGUCGAGUGAGACCUCUGGCUAUGAUCAUCAAGUAUUGGGCGAAACGACGGAUAUUGAACGACGCUGCUCUCGGUGGGACUCUUAGCUCCUAUACGUGGAUAUGCCUGGCCUUGAAUUUUCUUCAGACAAGAGAUCCGCCUAUUUUACCGACCUUGCAGCAACAGCCCAAGUUGCAACCAAAGUUCCUAGCAGGGGUAAAUGUAUCUUUCGACCGCAAUAUUGACUCGUACAAGGAUUUCGGCAGCCGGAACACAUCUUCCCUAGGUCAACUCCUAUUCCAUUUCUUUCGCUAUUAUGGCCACGAGCUGGAUUUCGAACAAAAUGUGGUGUCGGUCCGACUGGGGCGGGUUUUGUCAAAAGUUGAAAAGUCCUGGCAUUUGCUUCAGGAUAACCGGUUGUGUGUGGAGGAACCUUUUAAUGUGUCCCGGAAUUUGGCCAACACAGCAGACGAUACAUCAAUGCGAGGAAUUCAUUUGGAACUGCGAAGAGCAUAUGAGUUGAUAGGAGAGGGCAAGCUGGAGAAUUGCUGUGAACAAUUUGUUUAUCCGACGGAAGAAAUCAAGCCAUUGGAGCAUUUCGUCCCUCCGUCAGCUCGACCUGUCAUUCCACAGCCACCGACACAACCUUCAAUGCCACCGCUGGCACAACCUCCAACGCAACCGUCACGGGGCGGCCGAAAUGGUGCACGUGGGGGGAAACAUCCAAAUGUUAACCGGAACACUAAUGUGCGACGGUCUUCAAAUCCCACCGGUCGGCACUCGACCUACCUACGCAAUCUUCCAUUUCAGAUGACCACACAAGAACUGCAACUUCAAGCGCAGCAUCAACAACAUCUCCUUCACGACCAGCUUUUUCAGCAGUAUCAAUAUCUGCAGCUCCAGGAGCAGGAACUCAGGAUGCAGCUCCACCAACAGAAUCUCCGACAGAGAGGUCUAUUGGCAUCGGGUUAUUACCAACCUGCUGCGUAUGUGCCGAAUUCUUCGCAGGAUGACGGGCUCGACAUAGGCGUGAACAGCCAGACGAAUGGGGUAGGUCGAGCUCCUUUGUCAGCACCUCUAUAUCAGCAACGGUUCGGUCCUGCGUCUCCAUUCCUUGCCGCGUCUCACCCUAAUCAAGGAGUGGCAACCAAUCCUCCUUCACCACGACUGAAUUCUGUAGUCCCUGACACCCGAAGAUAUUCACGGCGGACAUCCGUGACACAGUCAUCUUCAGGCGCUUCCUUACGAGCUCACUCACAGCCCGCGCGGGCAAUCCCUGUGUCUGGCUUUGGGCAUUUACAGGCAAGAAACGAUCCUUCUGGUAUGCCCGAUACGUUGGGUCGAAGGUCCUCUGCAUCGUCAACUUCUCAGGAGCAAUUUUCCGGUUACCUCGAAAACGGAUUCGGCAUCUCUGGCUCGAUUUACGACCCAGGGAGAAGACCCGCGGAGUAUCUAGGAUACUAUGUUGGACAUUCACCGUCAUUAUCCGCUUAUUCUCAAAGUACAGCGAUCUCUCCUAUACCCUCACAUGUCGGCCUAGCCAUCCAGCAUGGGGGACUAUCUCCGCGUCUUGCUUCAGCAACGGCCCGAACCCCAGGAACGAUGCACACGCCGCCGUUGCAGACAAUUCCCACUGCCGGGAUGGAAAACCAGGAAGGCCGGGAACCGGAUUGUGAGAAUGUUGAGAGCGGGAAUGCCGAAACUGAGCCGCCCAAAACCAGGACCGGUCCUUUAAUCGUCGACGGGUCAGUCAACUCCCCCAGGCGUACGCGUACGACCCACUCAUUCAACGACCCGGAGGACCAUAUGAACCUUAGUGCUUCCACUUCUGAAGAUUUCGCGUUCGACACGCCUUCAAGCUCUGAUGAACAAUCACAGGAUGCUCUGGAGUUUAAUAACCAUGAGAGAAGUCCUCCAAGCAGUCCCAGCGCUUCCCGCAAGCUUAAUGGCCACCUACCAUUAAGGUCGCUUGGUGGAAGCCUCAAAGAUGAAUUUCCAGUCAAAAGGACAAGAGCCGCAGAAUCGGUCGGAAUGACAAGUCAAGGGGCAACGAAGAAAUCAGGAAGCACGGCUAGGCCUUCCGAUCGCCAGCUUUCUGCCGUAGAAGAAGUCCGAACACCGUCGCCUAGAGUCGAAGGAUUCGGUUCUGAUGGCAGCGGUCCAAAGGGAAGUGUGUCAGUCAACCAAAAUCAGGCUGCCAUAGCGAACGGCGACAGAGUCGAAGAAGGUUCAGAAGAACCAUUGGCGUCGUGCACAAAUGGAUCUGUUGGAUCUUCUGGACACGCACCCAAUUCUGGGCCAAACCCCAAUGUCAGCAACGGCUGGCAAACACAGAAAAAGAAAAGAAAGAAUAAGAAAACGGUCAAAUCGGAGAAUGACGCGCAGGCUUUGAACCUUUCCAGAGGAGAAUCUCUCCCAGCCGAUGAGUCCCUGAGAAAAGGUGGCUAG